GAGCCGGUGCAGUCUGGUGAGAGAGAGAGCGAGAGAGAGAGAGAGUGAGAGAGAGUGAGUGAGAGCUCAUGUGCUCAUCGCUGCUGUAAGUUUGGAAUGUUGCUGGUGUCCGCGCGCGGGAUGGAAACGUGAAGCGGAUCUGUGAAGGAGCUGCCAUUGUCCCCCCCCGUCCUUGGAGCAGGUGGAGUGUAACUUUGCAUGGAGUAGCGAAGUGAAGAGGAGAAGACAGAAAAAAUCUGAAAAAAAGGAAAAGCAGAACCUACAGAAAAGCGCAGAAGGAGGAAAACGAAGAGAGGAAAGAAGGAAAAGCAUGAGGUUAGAAUGGAGGUGAGGGAGCGACAGCCGUUCUGUUCCCUCUCUCGCGCCCGGAGAGAACGAGGGAGAGGAGGAGAGAGAGAACAGGAAGAAGACGGAGGGAUGGAGGGGCUCAGUGAGCGGCGGCACGCGGCGACGUCCGUGCUUACCCAGAAAUCCUACAGCUCCAGUGAAACCCUAAAGGCUUUCGACCAGCCGGCCGGCGCUCAGCCGAUCUACUCUCACCGCAUGCCCGAUAUGGUCCCCACGGAAACGGAGGAAUACCGAACUCCAGGUCAGACUCUCUCGCUUCGCCAGCUUGGUAUCUGCGGCCCGGCUCCUCGCCGUGGUUUGAGUUUCUGUGCUGAAACUGGACUCCAUCACCACGUGCAACCCACCGGACCGGACCACGUCCAGAACAUGGUGGGGGGGAUCUCCCCGGACUGUGCCAUAAGGCUGUGGGGGAGGGGCAUGAAGCCCCACGGACAUGACUCCCACCUGUCCAGCCAAUCAAACUCUGCCCUGACCCUCACGGACACGGAGCAGGACAACAAGUCGGACCAUGACAGCGGGGAACCCCCCCAUCCCAAAAAGAAAAGCACCCUGCCCCCUCUCCCACCUGCUCCACAUCAGCAUAAGCAGCACCCAUCAAUCACCUCAUUGGCCAAUCAGACGACAGAACUGCAGAGUGCAUCCGAAUGCGUCCAGCUGCAAGAGAACUGGGUUCUGGGUAGCAACGUAGGCCUGGAAAGCAGGCACUUCCUGUUGAAGACCGGCACUGGCUCCGCCUCUCUCUUCACCACGCCCAAUCCAGGCUAUACCAUGGCUACGGGUGUUUAUUCCCCACCGGCUCGCCCACUGCCCCGAAAUAACCUGACGAGGGGGGCGUUUAAAUUCAAGAAAUCACCCAAACAUUGCUCCUGGAAGUGCACUGCGCUCAGUGCGGUGGGCGUGGCCACUCUGCUGUCAAUCAUGCUCUGCUACUGUAUAGCCAUGCAUGUGUUUGGACUAAACUGGAAGCUGAAGGAUGUAGAUGACCACGCCUUUGAAAAUGGCCGAGCCACACCUGUAACCUCCACCACCAGCACUGUGACCUCACUUUCUACUGACGGCAGGGUGGGCAUGAGUGACCCUGUGCUGGACUCAGGUCAAGUGGACAUUGGCCAGCAGGUUGGUCAGGCCGUUCCUCCGGCGGUCUUCUGGAGGUCCAGCAUGAUGAUGGAGAGACCACGCUUCCUCAAGUUCAACAUCUCCAUCCAGAAGAACGCCCUGAUUGGAGUUUACGGCAGGAAGGGCCUCCCGCCUUCACACACACAGUAUGAUUUUGUGGAGCUGCUGGAUGGCAGUCGUCUGAUCUCACGGGAGCGUGUUCAGCUGGACCCAGACCUCAGGGACGGCAUGGAGAGACCGGUCAGCGUGCAGCAUGCAGGAUUCAUUCAGUUCCUGCAGGCCGGAGUUUGGCACCUGGCCUUCUAUAACGAUGGCCGGAGUGUGGAGCCUGUUUCAUACAACACCAUGGUGCUGGAAUCGGUGAUGGAAUGCCCUCACAACUGUAACGGAAAUGGCGAGUGUGUGUCUGGCACAUGCCGAUGUUUCCCAGGAUUCCUCGGGCCAUACUGCUCUCGAGCGGCCUGUCCGGUUUUGUGCAGUGGUAAUGGCGAGUACAGCAGGGGACGCUGUCAGUGCUACAGCGGCUGGAAGGGCACUGAGUGUGACGUCCCCGCCAAUCAGUGUAUAGACGCCCAGUGUGCGGGUCAUGGCCUGUGUGUGUCCGGUCUGUGCGUGUGUAACCCCGGCUACAAGGGUGAAAGCUGUGACGUGGUGGACUGUGUUGACCCGUCCUGUUCGGAUCACGGCUCCUGUCUGCACGGCCGCUGCCACUGUUUGGCGGGCUGGACCGGGACGAGCUGCGAAAGCCCACUCUCUCUCUGCCCGGAGCACUGCUCAGGCCGCGGAACCUUCCAGAGCGACACCAGCACCUGCGUAUGUGAGGCCAACUGGACCGGGCCGGACUGCUCCACAGAGUUGUGUGCAGCGGAGUGCAGUCCUCACGGCGUGUGUGUGGGCGGCGCGUGUCGCUGCACCGAGGGCUGGUCAGGCUCUCGCUGUGAACAGGCGGAGUGUGAACCGCGCUGUGGGGAACACGGUGUGUGCCGUGAUGGGAAGUGUGAGUGUGAGCAGGGCUGGACGGGAGAACGCUGCAACAUCGCUCACUUUCUGGAUGGUAAAAUCAAAGACAGCUGUCCCGGCCUGUGUAACAACAACGGCAGGUGUGUCCUGGACCAGAACGGCUGGCACUGUCUUUGCCAGUCAGGAUGGAGAGGGGCGGGGUGUGACGUUGCCAUGGAAACGCUCUGCUCUGACGGCAAGGACAACGAAGGAGAUGGCCUGCUGGACUGUAUGGAUCCAGAUUGUUGCCUGCAGAGUUCUUGUCAGGAUCAGCCUUACUGCAAAGGGGCACCAGACCCCACCACGGCCCAACAAAACCCCCAGACCUCUUCCACUCCACCCACCCUGGCCUUCUACCAGCGGGUCAGCUUCCUUGUGGCUCCAGGAGGAACUCAUCGGCUUCCUGGAGAAAACCCGUUCAACAGCAGCCUGGUGUCGGUGGUGAGAGGUCAGGUGGUGACGGAAGAUGGAACGCCGUUAAUCGGAGUGAAUGUGUCACUGCUGCAUUACCCGCAACACGGCUACACCAUCACAAGGCAGGACGGCAUGUUUGAUCUCUUAGUGAAUGGUGGAGCUUCGCUGACGCUGAGCUUUGUUCGCGCUCCAUACCCAGCCGUCCAUCGGACUGUGUGGUUGCCAUGGAGAGUGUUUUAUGUAAUGGACAGAUUGGUGAUGAGGAGGGAAGAAAGAGACACGCCCAUCUGUGAGCUCAAUGGCCUUGUAAGACCUGCCCCCCAAAUCACAACAUCACCACUGUCUAUCUACUAUAGCUCCACCCCUGAGGCCAACCCUAUCAUACCUGAGACACAGGUCCUUCAUGAGCAGAUUUCCAUCCCUGGCAGUGACCUCAGUCUGGUCUACCUCAGCUCACGGGCGUCUGCCUAUAAGCCUGUCCUCAAAGUGGUCAUGACGGGGUCCAGUGUGCCCUUCGGCCUGGCCAGGGUGCACCUGAUGGUGGCCGUGGAGGGCAGAAUGUUCCAGAAGCAGUUUCCAGCUUCCCCAAGGCUUUCUUUCACAUUCAUCUGGGAUAAAACUGAUGCUUACGGCCAGAGGGUGUACGGCUUGGCUAAGGCUGAGGUGUCUGUGGGUUUCGAGUACGAGUCGUGUAUGAGCGUGGUGCUGUGGGAGAAGAGGAGCUCCAGCCUGCAGGGAUACGAGCUGGAGGCGUCCAGCAUGGGCGGCUGGACACUGGACAAACAUCACGUCCUCGACCUGCAGAACGGGAUCCUGUAUAAAGGCAAUGGAGAAAAUGUGUUCAUAUCCCAGCUUCCUCCGGUCAUCAGCACCAUCAUGGGAAAUGGCCGGCGCAGGAGCAUCUCGUGCCCCAGCUGUAAUGCCCAGGCCGAGGGCAACAAGCUGCUGGCCCCCGUUGCCUUGGCCUGGGGCCGAGACGGCAGCCUGUAUGUAGGAGACUUCAACUACAUCAGACGCAUUUAUCCAUCAGGCAAUGUUAGCAGUGUCAUGGAGCUCAGUAAUAACCCAGCUCAUCGGUACUACCUAACCACGGAUCCUGUAACUGGACAGUUGUACGUGUCAGACACCAACUCCAGGCGGAUCUACCGGCCACGGGUCCUUUCAACUAACGCAGAGCCCCAGCAAAAUGUGGAGAUUGUGGCAGGAACAGGAGACCACUGCCUGCCUUUUGAUGAGACUCAAUGUGGGGACGGAGGUCCAGCUACAGAAGCCCUACUGACAGGACCCAAAGGGAUCGCUGUGGAUAAGAAUGGCCUGAUUUACUUCGUGGAUGGCACUGUGAUCCGCAAAGUGGAUCAGAACGGCAUCAUUUCAACUUUGCUGGGGUCAAAUGACCUUGCCUCAGCCAGACCACUCAACUGUGAUGCAGUAAUGGACAUCCAAGAGGUUUCGUUAGAGUGGCCGACAGACCUGGCGGUCAGUCCACUGGACAACUCUCUGUUUGUUCUGGAUGGCAGCGUGGUCCUGCGGAUUACAGAGGAGGGUCAGGUGAGCGUGGCCGCGGGUCGACCGCUGCACUGCCCGAUGCCCGCCACUGACCAGUCUGUGGCAGAUGUCCAGUGGGCCACACACACUCAUCUGGAGUCUCCGAGCGCCAUCACAGUUUCCUUCAGUGGAGUUUUGCACGUCGCUGAGACGGACGAGCGAAAGAUGAGCCGGAUUCGCAGCGUAACGCCGGACGGUGAAAUCACCCACCUGGCGGGGGUGCCGUCCGACUGUGACUGCAAAACCGACGUGAAUUGCGACUGCUACCUGACCGGCGAUGGCUUUGCUAAAGACGCACGGCUUAGUGGACCCUCCUCUCUAGUAGCUGGUCCUGAUGGGACGCUGUAUGUGGCAGACUUGGGAAAUAUUCGGAUCAGAAGCAUUGGCACCAAUAGACCGCCACUGAACAGCCUGGGACUGUAUGAGGUGGCCUCUGCCAUGGAGCAGGAAGUCUACAUGUUUGAUGUUAAUGGAACACACCAGCACACCGUCAGUCUGGUGACAGGAGACUACAGGUACAACUUCAGCUACAGUAAUGAUGGAGAUCUGACCGCUGUGACCGAUUGCCAUGGUAACACCCUCCGUAUCCGGAGGGAUGCUAGCCGGCAGCCGGUGCGAAUUGUGGCCCCGGAUAAUCAGGUGGUGUGGCUGAGCAUGGGCUCCAGCGGGGGGCUGAAGACACUGGGCACUCAGGGCCAAGACCACGUCCUGCUCACUUACCAUGGAAACAGCGGCCUGCUGGCCACCAAAAGCACCAACAACGGAUGGACCACCUUCUAUGACUAUGACACUGAGGGGAAGCUGACUAAUGUGACUUUCCCCACCGGAGUGGUGAGCAGCCUGGUCAGCGAUGUGGGAACCCUCUCCACAGUGGAAAUAGAAAGCUCAGAACGAGAAGAGCAGGCCACCGUCACCUCCAACCAGUCUGCCAUUCAGACUGUGCUUACUCUACAGCAGGAUCAGUUAAGGACCAGCUAUGUGUUGGGUUAUGACAGCUCCCUGUGGGUCCUGCAUGCCAGCGGCCUGAACACACACUUCCAGACUGAACCCCACAUCCUGUGUGGAGCUUCGUCCCCCACAGUGGCCAGAAGGAACAUCACUCUGCCAGACGACGCUGGACAGAACCUGGUGGAGUGGCGCUUCAGGAAGGAGCAAACGCGCUCUAAAGUCACAGUGUUCGGACGCAAAUUACGAGUGAAUGGCCGGAACAUCCUGUCUGUUGAUUAUGACCGUACUCUGAGGACGGAGCGUAUCUAUGAUGACCACCGUAAGUUCCUGCUGAAGAUUGGAUAUGACCCAGCUGGCCAGCCUGCACUGUGGAUGCCUAGCAGCAAGCUGCUGCCGGUCAACCUGACCCGCAGAAGCAACGGACAGCUUAGCGCCAUCCAGUGGGGGGCAGUGUCAGAGCGGCUGGAGCAUGACGAGCAAGGCCGCGUACGCUCCAGAUUGUUUCCAGAUGGGAAGACCUGGAGCUACACGUACCUGGAAAAGUCCAUGGUGCUAAUCCUGGCCAGUCAGCGUCAGUACACAUUUGAGUAUGACUCCGAAGGUGGGCUUUCAGCGGUCACCAUGCCCAGUGUGGCCCGAUACACCAUGGAGACGGUCCGCUCAGUAACCUACUACCGCAACUUUUACCAUCCACCAGAAAGCAAUGCAUCUGUUGCUGUAGAUUACAGUGAGGAUGGCAGACUGAUCAGAGUUUUGCAGACCGGCACUGGACGGAGGGUACUUUACCGCUACCGCUGGCACAGCAAACUUGCAGAAGUGUUGUUUGAUAGCACUCGCGUCAGCUUUACCUAUGACGAGAUGGCGGGAGUGUUAAAGACAGUCAACCUGCAGAGCGAAGGCUUCAUCUGCACCAUCAGGUACAGGCAACUAGGCCCCCUUGUGGACAGGCAGAUAUAUCGCUUCAGUGAGGAUGGCAUGGUCAGUGCCCGCUUUGACUACGCCUAUGACGGAAGUUUGCGAGUUACCAGUAUCCAGGGUGUCAUCAAUGAGACACCACUACCCAUUGACCUCUAUCAGUACGAUGACAUCUCGGGUAAAGUGGAACAAUUUGGCAAGUUUGGUGUCAUCUAUUACGACAUUAACCAGAUCAUAUCGACCUCGGUCAUGACCUACACCAAACAUUUCGAUGGCCACGGAAGGAUCCGAGAAAUCCAGUAUGAGCUUUUCCGCACCUUGCUCUUCUGGAUUGCGGUGCAGUAUGACGACAUGGGCAGGGUGACCUACAGAGAGAUGAAAAUUGGCCCAUUUGCAAAUGCCACCAAGUAUGGUUACGAGUACGACGUGGAUGGCCAGCUUCAGGCUGUCUACUUAAACGAUAAGUUGACCUGGCGCUACAGCUACGACUUGAAUGGAAAUAUCCACCUGCUAAGUCCGGCUAGCAAUGCCCGGAUACUUCCUUUGCGCUACGACUUGCGGGAUCGGAUCACCAGACUGGGCGACCUUCAGUACGAAAUGGACGAAGAUGGCUUCCUGCGGCAAAGAGGGGCUGAGGUCUUCCAGUACAACUCAAAUGGACUACUUGAGCGUGUCUACAGCAAGGCUAAUGGCUGGACGGUCCAGUACCGCUAUGAUGGUUUAGGAAGGAGGGUUUCCACCAAGUCCAGCCUUGGCCAGCACUUGCAGUUUUUCUAUGCGGAUCUCAGCUAUCCAAGUCGGAUAACUCACGUGUAUAACCACUCAAGCACAGAAAUCACAUCUCUGUACUACGACUUGCAAGGACACCUGUUUGCUAUGGAGAUUAGCAGUGGAGCAGAGUUCUACAUAUCAUGUGACAACACGGGCACCCCACUGGCCGUUUUUGGCAGCGAUGGAGCCCUUAUGAAGCAGGUUCAUUACACCGCCUAUGGAGAAAUCUACUCUGACUCUAAUCCUGAUCUUCAGCUGGUCCUGGGCUUCCACGGAGGCCUUCAUGACCCGCUAACCAAACUGAUUCAUUUUGGAACACGAGAUUAUGACAUCAUGUCAGGUCGCUGGACCGCACCUGAUGUUACAGUAUGGGAAAGGAUGAACAAAGACCCCGUCCCCUUUAAUCUCUACAUGUUCCGCAAUAAUGACCCCGUCAGUAAAGUGCUGGAUGUGAGAGACUAUAUCACAGAUGUGAACAGCUGGCUGGUCACAUUUGGGUUCCAUCUGCACAACAGCAUCCCUGGUUUUCCUGUACCGAAGUUUGGGAUGACCCAAGCCUCUUAUGAACUGACCAAGACUGAUGUCUGGGAUGAUCUGCCGGCCAGUUUUGCAAUCCAGCAGCAAGUCGUCCGGCAGGCCAGAGCUUUCCUUGCCUUUGAGCGGAUGCCACAGGCCCAGUUGAGCCAGACUCGGAGGCUGGACAGACCAUGGCUGUGGUUCGCCUCCAGCGAUUCUCUGAUUGGCAAGGGAGUGAUGCUCGCCAUCUACAGAGGAACAGUGGUCACUCGGGCCCUCAGCAUAGCCAACGAAGACUGCGUCAAAGUGGCAAACAUCCUUAACGGCGCCCUCUACCUGAAGGACCUGCACUUUCUUUUAGACGGUCGUGAUACGCACUACUUUGUGAAGACGGGCGCACCCGAAGCAGAUCUGGCAGCUUUGCGUCUUACGACAGGCCGAAAAGAGCUGGAGAAUGGUGUAAACGUGACUGUAUCUCAAUCCACCACUGUGCUAGCGGGCCGCACACGACGUUUUGCGGAUGUGGAGUUGAGGCAAGGGUCACUAGCGCUGCAUAUACGCUAUGGAGCGACGCUGGAAGAAGAACGAGUGCGUGUGCUGGAGUUAGCACGCCAGAGGGCGUUGGCAGGUGCUUGGGCACGCGAGCUGCAGCGCGUGAAGGAUGGAGAAGUGGGCAUGAGGCUGUGGACGGAAGGAGAGAAAAGGCAGCUGCUCAGCGGGGGACGAGUUCAGGGAUACGACGGAUAUUAUGUUCUCUCGGUGGAACAGUACCCCGAGCUGGCUGACAGCGUGAACAACAUCCAGUUCCUCCGACAGAACGAGAUAGGAAAGAGAUAGCAGCAGAAAGACUAACAUAUCAACUGCUGUUUUUAAUGAGGGACUAGCAAAAGUGUCUUG